AAACGGCACUUACUGGGACACUCGGACUUAAGCAUCUUCCAGACUAGCAGCCAGCAAAAAAUAACGGGAUAUUCCGGCGCCGACUACUAUUCAGCCUUGCGCAGCCACACUGUGACGCAGCCUCGUACUGAGAAAACAACAGACGUUUAUGGUCAUUCUCGGAGAUUGUGUUCAUGUAUAUCUUGUGCCGUUGUUUGGUGACCUGACUGUCAUGUCUCUUCCUGCUCUCACAUCUGUCAGCUCUCUCACAUUUGCCAUUUCGGAGCGUCCCAGAAUUGAUCAAACCAAAGUCAAAGAACGUGUCGCCGUCGACACCUCGUCUUAGGAGGGCCUUGAAGAUUCGAAUACGCUUUCCAAAAUGCCUGGUGUGACACAGUUCCUCCGCGGGCAGGUUACAACUCCACCAUUGCCCACGGUCGAUUGUACUGGACGCACACUUCUGGUAACGGGGGCUAAUUCCGGCCUGGGGCUUGAAGCUGCGAAGUUGCUUGCGCAGCUCAAUUGCAGCACGAUAGUGCUAGCCUGUCGGACACUGGCCAAAGGAGAAAAGGCCCAAGAGCUUAUUGAAUCUGCCCUCGGCAGAAACUCCAGAAAGUCACAAUUUAUCCUUUUCGAACUCGACCUUGGCUCAUUUCAAAGCGUUGUCGCCUUUUCAGAACGAUGCAAGAAUCUUCCGCGACUGGACGCUGCCAUUCUCAACGCCGGCGUCUCAGAAGUCGAAUUUUCCCUGACUGAGGGAUAUGAGACCACCAUCACGGUCAAUGUCAUUUCCACGUUUUUGUUGACGACUCUGCUGGUCCCUACUUUACGUCGGUCAGCGAUCAAAUACAACAUUACUCCCACUAUAGCGAUUGUGGGAUCAGCUGUGCAUUUCUGGACGAAUGAAAAGGCCCUUACCGAUCCGCCUGAAGGACAGAUUCUCAAGACGCUAUCCAAUCCGAAGAAGACGGAUAUGCCAGGACGUUACUUCCUCAGCAAGCUUCCAGUGAUGUUACUUAUCAAGCAUCUUGCCUCGAUGUUGACGAAAUCAGCCAAAGCAGAUCCUACCGGCAAACCUUUCGUGAUCAUCAACAAUGUUGCACCAGGCUUGUGCAAUACGAACCUCAUGCGGGGCCAGAGUGCUACGGUGCAGACUGUGCUUGGAGUGGUCAGUCGGUCGGCUGAGCAUGGAGCAAGGACACUGGUUCAUGGAGCCGUCGCAGGCAAGGAGAGUCAUGGACAAUAUCUGAGUGAAUGCCAGAUCAAACCAUACAGCAAGUUUGUCAAGAGUGCAGAAGGAGAUAAAACAGCUCAAAGGUUGUGGGAUGAACUCAGUGCUAUCUACGAAAACGUCAAGCCAGGAUGCACGCGAGAGCUGUGA